CCAGCACUCCAAACGAAAAGAGAGGCCGGCUACUUUUGUUGGCGCCCACUAUUCUUGGUGUCAGUCACCUAUUAGCCACCAAGCAAAUCGUAUCGCCAAAAGAAAACGUUGCCAGCCCGUGAUCCUGAUUAUCGAGCCUCUUUGUUAUUGUUUUUGAUAUUUGUUAUUUGCACACCUACGCAAAAUUCGUUUGCCCGAUAUUCUAAUCAAAACGCGAUCAAGAUCUCAAUCACUCGAUUAAACCAUGCGCGGCGGCCCAAUGGAUUACUAUCUAAAAAUACUCUUGGUCAUUUGCGCUGCCCACGAAUUGGCUGGCGGAACAAUUAAGUCUACCAGAGAUGCAGUUUACAAAAAGUAUCUGUCCCUAAGAUCUUUGCCCUUCGAGGAUUGUGGUUCUUUGUACCAGGUCAGCUACCUGGACAUCGAGAGCUGCACGACACUGCCUUGCUCCAUGGCCCGGAACGCGACCAUUAAGGUUACCGUCCGCUUCGAUGAUAAUGGCAAUGGCGUUAGCUUUCUGAAGCACAAAGUCAGAUGGGUGUUCAACUACAUCAAGACCCAGGCGGCCAUCACUCCCGAUCCUUGCGACGGAGAUCACGGAUGCAUAGAGAGCGCAAGUGAUGGAAAGGCCUACUGGGCCAAUAUCUUUGUGAACGAAACUCUGCCGGUGAUGAAGGGAAGCAUGCUGUGGGAAUCCAAGGAUGCGAACGAUCAGAACCUAAUCUGUUUCCAGGUUCCCGUUGUAAUCACAGUGUAAAUGUGUAAUCACGAAAAUAAAGUAAUUGGUGCAUGCAAAUCAA